UAUGCCCUCCAUGGGGAGGACAAAACUAAACCAUUUUAAAGUCGCUUAUAAAGUUACCAGAAGUAGAAAUAAUAUUUAGAAUGGCGGAGGAUCACAUCCCAUUGGGACCGAAUUUGUCGCGAUCCCCGUUCGACAGAGGCUGUUCAGACCAGCAGAAAUCCCUGGAAGAGCGUGGGUUACAGGAAUCAUCGGAACAGGUGAGUGGUCGCCUUAAUACGUGGGAAACCAUGCUAGUCAUGACGGGAGCUUGUUCUGGUGCAGUGACGUUAACUACUGUUGCUUUGGCCGUCAGUGCGGGAUUCAGUGGUAUACUCGUCCUCUGUAUGAUCGUCCCCGCAUUAGUUUACACCGUCAUCUUGCUUGGCCGUUGUUGGAACAUGGUUCGGCAUAAAUGGCAACACGAAAGACACCCGUAUGGCGCUAUUGGCUUUGAAGCUUUUGGAGAUGUUGGAAGAUCUGCAAUCAAUGUCAUGAUUGUCGUCUCAAGUUUUAGUUUUUCAGCCGCAACUCUCAUUGUUAGUGCCGAGUUGCUUUUUCUUGUUAGCGAAGAGACGUUUAGAGGGAUGUUCUGCUAUCUGCCCCUUAUCUUCGCGUGCUUAGCGCUUCCACUAACAUGGCUUGGAACACCAAAAGAUAUAUGGCAAAUCGGCGCUCUCGCUUUGUGUUCAGCAGCAUUGGCACUGAUUCUCCUAUGUAUUGGGCUCGUGGUUGCUUUCUUCGACGACACUUCAAGCCCAAACGUCACAGCCAGCACGAGCCCGCCCUCUACCGUUCAGCGACGCUUGAGCUACCCCUUGCUUCUAAUGGAGAUCUGUGGAACAUCUCUGUUCGCUCUUGGUGGUCAUGCUAUGUUUCCUACUGUUCAACAGGACAUGCAGAAGCCAGAGAAGUAUACGAGAGUAACCCUACUGGUGUUUGGGUAUUUAACAUCUAGUAUAGUCUUAGUGACGGUUGUUUCGUACAUCUUCCUACCGCACGAUCUACUCCUAACUAUUACAUCAGACGCCAAUAUCAUCAACCUCCUACCCAGAAGUCUCCUAACCACCAUACCUGCACUAUUGUAUUUCGUCCACCAUUGUACUAUGAUCGUGACCAACAAUAACCCAUUGUUUCAAUAUGUAGAGGAACGACUUGAUAUACCGAAAGAAUUCGGUUGGAGGAGGGUGCUGUCACGCUCAACUAUUGUUUUUCUGGAGCUGUUUGUUGCUGAGUCGAUACCCAGGUUCGGACUCUUGGCCACCCUAGUUGGUGGGGCAGUCUCCCCGAUGCUUUCGUUCGCUGCUCCCUGCUUGUGCUACCUCCGACUUCGUAGCAUUGAAACUCCCGGCGAUUUCACAAAGUCAAAGGGAAUAUGGAUGUUGGAAACAGUCGUCUGCUGGCUUAUUAGUGCGUUCACACCGGUCAUGAUGAUUGCAAUCAUGUACAUCGCGGGCUCUUCCAUUACCAGUGGGAACACAGUCUUUAAGGUCCCCUGUUAUGUCAAUGCAACAUUGGCACACGAAUAACUAAUUCAAGGCACUGGACACUAUUGGUACUUACUCAACAUAAUUAUUGGCAUACAAUCUUACUUGGUAACGAGUAAUG